AUGUACGGAAUAAAACACUUACAUACCACGCGGUACCACCGGCAAGCCAACGGUCUCGUCGAACGUUUACAUCGUCAGCUGGAAUCAGCACUUUUGUGUCACCAAGAGUCAUGGUAUGACGCAUUACCAGCCGUUUUGCUCGGCUUACGCGCUGCUUGGAAAGACGACAUCCAGACGACCCCGGCUGAAUUAGUGUACGGUGAGCCAAUUCGUUUACCUGGUGAGUUACUCACUCCCAGUAACAAAAUUUCACCUCAUGACAUCAUUAACACAUUAAAACGUCAUUUCAAUUCAUUUGCACCGGCCGAAAUGUUGCGUCACGGCAAGCAUUCUGUUUUCUGUUUCAGGAACCUUAGUACUUGCAGCCACGUACUGGUACGGAAUGACCAGGUUGGACCAUCUUUCUCAGUGCCGUACGAAGGUCCAUAUCGUGUCAUAACCCGACAUGACAAAUAUUUCAUCGUCGAUUUUCGUGGACGACAAAUCGCCAUUUCUGUGGACAAAUUAAAGCCGGUUUACGAGGCAAAUUCAGUCGACACGACGAUGAUGACAACAAACUCCCAUCCGAAUAACACAACAACCGAGACCCAAAAACGCCGAGUCCGGUUUAGCAUUUAA